AUGGACGUCUCCAACGUUUUCCUCCAUGGCCAUCUUGAGGAGCAGGUCUAUUGCCAGCAGCCUACAGGGUUCAUCGACGACACUUGUCCGGAGCAUGUUUGCCUGCUUUCUCGCUCCUUGUACGGGCUCAAGCAGGCUCCCCGCGCUUGGUACCAGCGCAUUGCAGCAUUUCUUCAUCAGCUCGGCUUCCGCUCCGCUCGCUCCGAUGCUUCGCUGUUCAUUUACCAACACGGGGAUGCUACCGCCUACUUACUACUUUAUGUCGACGACAUCAUCCUGACAGCUUGCUCUAGUGCUCUUCUUCGACAGCUUACCGAUCGUCUUCGCGCUGAGUUUGCCAUUAAGGACCUUGGUCCUCUGCACUAUUUCCUCGGCAUCGAGGUUGUUCGACGUGCGGAUGGUUUCUUUCUUCAUCAGCGGAAGUAUGCUCAUGAGCUUCUUGAUCGCGCUGGGAUGCUUAAUUGCAAACCCGCGCCUACUCCUGUCGACACGAAGGCCAAGCUCUCUGCCACCGACGGCUCACCUGCUUCGGAUGCUUCGUUUUAUCGGUCUAUUGUGGGAGCCCUUCAGUAUCUCACCCUGACACGACCGGAGCUUCAGUAUGCUGUCCAGCAGGUCUGCUUACACAUGCAUGCCCCUCGUGAUGCUCACUGGACCGCGGUCAAACGUGUUCUCCGUUACAUCCGCGGCACCAUGGAUCUCGGAUUGACUCUUCAUGCCUCCACUGCUAUGGACAUCACCGCCUAUUCUGAUGCUGACUGGGCCGGCUGCCCCGACACGCGACGUUCCACCUCGGGGUAUUGUGUUUAUCUUGGACCGUCCUUGAUCUCUUGGUCGUCUAAACGGCAGCCCACAGUUUCUCGCUCCAGCGCUGAGGCAGAAUAUCGAGCGGUGGCUAAUGUUGUUGCAGAGUGCUCCUGGCUUCGUCAACUUCUUCAUGAGCUCUCUUGUCCUGUCAACGAGGCCACGAUUGUCUACUGCGACAACGUCUCCGCGGUUUACCUCUCCGCCAACCCGGUUCAUCAUCGUCGCACCAAGCACAUUGAGCUGGAUAUUCAUUUUGUUCGGGAACAGUUAGCCAGAUUACAGAAGCAGUUCUUGGAGGAUUCUAAAGGAAAAGAUGAGGUGUCAGAAGGAGUUCAUGAUAAUGAUAAUUACAAAGAGUUAUCUCUCAAGGAAAUUAAUGAGCACAUUAGAAGAAUGGAAGGGCCAAGCUCAUCAACAAAUCCUGAGUUGCAGAUCGCUCAAUAG